AUGGAUAAUGAGCAACAGUCAGUAAGUAGUGAUACUGAGUUAGAAAGUGGGACACAAAGUAAUGUUAGUGACUUAGUUCAGGAAGUACAAUGUGAAAAUCUGGGGGCAGAAGGGCAAGAAAUGUUGCCAUUGCCAUCCAGUGAUUCAGUUGAUAGCGUAAAUACUGUGCCAUCCGCAAGCACUGGACACGGACCAGAGACUGGUGAGGUGUCAGAAGUGCAAUCAUUAAGAGUUAUGUUCGAGCGCAUGCUCAAUUUCCAAGCUGAAUUUGUACGUGUGCAAGCAGAGCGUGAUAGAGAACGUGAUGCUAAACAAGCAGAGCGCGAUAGAGAACGUGAUGCUGAACAAUCAGAGCGUGACCAGAGAUUGGUAGCUGAAUUUGCAUGUAUGCAAGCAGAGCGCGAUAAAGAACGUGAUGCCAAACAAGCAGAGCGCGAUAGAGAACGUGAUGCUAAACAAGCAGAGCGUGACCGACGCCUGCAUGAGAGGGACUUGCAGUUGAUGCAAACUUUAGAAGUUAUACAAAGUGAGAUUGUUAGUUUGAAACAAAAAUAUGAAACCAUACCCAAAACGGUGCAAGAAUUAAGCGAAAGAGUAGAUAGUGUUCAAGUGGCUAACGCCAAUAUCGUAGAGGAAAUCAGUGUCCUGACUAAUAGGGUCGAACAACUAGAAAUUGACACAACUCAAGUAAUUGAGAACAAAGUGAUCGAACAAGUGCACAAAGUAGAAAAUGAAGUCAUAAAAGAAAUAGAUCAGAAAGUGCACGCUGCAAUUGAGGCCAGAGAUGUGGGCUCAAGUGCGGAUGUGCAGGAUCUAAAAAAGACAGUGCACAAAGACAUUCCGCUGUGGCAGCGGAGUGUGGACCGUCGUCUUGCCGAGAUGGAGCUUAGCUUGCGGCAUGACGAGGCACAGGCGUAUGUCACGCCAGCCAGGUCCAACAAUGAUAGGCAUAUAAAUACUGCAGUAAAAAAUUGCGACUGCGAGACAGAACAGGCAACCAAUGAACUCUGCUAA